CUUGUAAUGGCGACCGUGCCGUAGAUGUGCCUAGGUUUAUGAAAAUGAAGCGAAGAAGAAGUUAUUUCUUUUAAGUAAAACGCCGAGGUUCCCCGAAGGAGGACUUUGCGUCUACAACCAUCGUCGCUUGAAGUGGUCAACUUAGCUGUACUUUUGAACUUUUGCGCCUCCGAAAUGAUGAAGCUCAAGUCAAAUCAAACCCGGACGUACGACGGGGACGGCUACAAGAAGCGGGCCGCCUGCCUGUGCUUCAGGAGCGAGAGUGAGGAGGAGGUGCUGCUGGUGAGCAGUAGUCGACAUCCAGACAAGUGGAUAGUUCCUGGAGGCGGAAUGGAGCCUGAGGAGGAACCCAAUGUGGCUGCAGCUAGAGAAGUGUGUGAAGAGGCCGGUGUGAAGGGGACUUUAGGUCGCUUAGUUGGAGUUUUUGAGAACCAGGAGAGGAAACACAGGACCUACGUGUACGUUCUUAUUGUAACUGAGGUGCUGGAGGACUGGGAGGACUCGGUUAACAUUGGUAGAAAAAGGGAAUGGUUUAAAAUAGACGAUGCCAUACAAGUGUUGCAGUGUCACAAGCCUGUGCAGGCCACCUACUUCGAGGCUCUCCAGGAGAGUUGUCUGACCAGUAACGGAACACCGCUGGUGGCCACGAUAGGUGAAGACCUCUCCCCUACCUACAGCAUCAAUCAGAGCUCCGUCUCGGGUAUCAGAUAACUAAAACCAUAACUCUGACACCCCAAGGAGCUUUCGCCACCACUUGCGCUCUUGCCUAUGUUCUCUUCUCUUCUCUUCUCUUCUCUUCUCUUCUCUUCUCUUCUCUUCUCUUCUCUUCUCUUCUCUUCUCUUCUCUUCUCUUCUCUCCUCUCCUCUCAAUAACAUGGUUUGCCUUGCCAACUCCUUUGUGCCAGAACGGUGGCACAGACUUGAUGACAAGUGUUAGGUGAAUAGUCUGAAACACUUUGUAAAUGUAAAUGUAAUUUUUGACCUCCCCUCCUUUUUUCUUUUUACUGACAACUGCAUGAACUGUUCCCCCCCCCCCCCCCCCCCCCCCCCCCCCCCCCCCCCCCCUCCCGUUCCUUAACGCGCCCUUAGCGUGGUGUUUAUUGAAUGCAAGAACUACGUUUUACUGUUGUAAUGUAAAAGUGUAUACUUAGUGCUUAAGCUGAAGGCUUUUGGUGGUCUUUUUAACGUCUCCUCCAUUUUUAUUUGGGUUAUUUUUCUGUGAAUGAAUGUGCCCAUUAGUGUAUCCCCUCCUCCCCCUCCCCCCUAUUGUCCGGAUAGGAAAUAUUGCCUGUAUCUGAACCAACAGAAUCGUGGGAAGUGACUUGUCUUGCAUGAGCACUGUUAUGUUGUGUCGCACUCACUCGAGUGACUUGAUGCCGACUGUGCAACAGACUUGUUGUGAGGUCUUUGGCUCUUCUUCAUUUCUCUCCUUACUGUAGUUGGUUGGUGUCUUCUUCUUUUUUUUUUCUUCUUCUUCUUCUUCUUUUUUCUUGUUUUGUUUUUAAGCCAGAAGGAUACGGGGCCCUGGGUAGUUGUUUCGAUUUCAGUAGUCUUUCAAUUUCAAGUGUCAACUGUGUUUCUCUCUCAUUUGGGAAGCUAGCCAAGCACUACAGGUUUCACUCUGUAUGCUCUAUGGAGAGUGAAAGAAUGUCAACACACACAACGUAACAUGAACCACCUUUCUCCUCAGUGUCUUUACCUCCUUUUAAUCCUUUUUUUUUUCUUUCGUGACUAACUACAAUGUCUUCCUCCCCCUACUGAGAGGGUAGAAGUAGUAGAUUUCUGAAUCAUAGACUUGUAAUUUCAAAAUGCAGCACAUAUCACUUAAGUUAUUAAAAAAAACCCAUUUCCAUGUUUUACUCCUCACAUUCAGUUUGGUUAAAAGUAAUUGUUUACAUUGUGUUCGUAACAUUAGCACAGAUGACUUUAGCGGGCACUUUUCAUUGUGGUCAUUAUCUUUUUUUUUUUUUUUUUUUAACCCUUACUUCUUUAGUAUUUAAUCUGCAUCCCCAAAAAGACUCGGAACACCUGCUUGACAUUGAAAGUAAUGGAUCUAUUUUUUUUUUUUUUUUUUUUUUUUUUGGCAAGAUGCAGAACAAACAAGCCUUGUACAGUUUGAGACCACGUUUUUAACAUGUAAAAUGCUUUUUGGAUACUAGUUUUUUUUUUCUUCUUCUUCUUCUUCUUCUUCCUUCUUCUCUCUCUAAUGUCUGGCAAAAGUCUCUUCAGCCGAGCUGCAUCACUCGGCCUGGUCGUGGCGCGAGGCAGCCGGCUCCAUACUGUGAAACUGGAGGCGCUGUAGAUAGCAUGUAAGAGGUUUUUAUUGUAAAUUGUUUAUUUCUGUAUAGAUCAAAGUUGAGAGUACAAAUGACAAAACACCUCUUACACACCUUGUGAGUGCUACACGUCAUUUUCAACUGAGGCUGGAAAAA